AUGGAAGGAGAGCCUGGGCUGGCUGUCUGGCAAGAGGCAAAAAAGGCGACAAAAAAAGAAAUAGACCAGAACGGCCAAGGGGAGCUGGAAGGCGGCAGACAACGGGCUCUCUGGGGGAGAGGGGAAUCGCAAGGGCGGGCGAAGAAGCACAGGCGCGUUGUGGUGGGCGCGUUGGACGGGAUGGCGAUGGCGAUGGCGAUGGGGAUGGGGAUGCGAGGCAGUCGUCGCGGGUGCUUGGAAGGUCGUUUCGUCCUUGGGAGGAACUGA